AUUUUAAUAUCACCACAAUCAGAAGAGAGCAUUUUUCACAUUUUUCUAGUACAAAGUCAUCUCCAAUUCAUAAGUUUUUGUCUUUAUUCAAUUUGAAAGGAUCACUUUAUUUACUCCCUCUUCAGUCUUUCCCUCUUUGAGCUGAGGGAGUAAAGUACAACAAAAUGUCUACUCUUCAAUUGGGUGUCACCCUUUCAUCUUCAUCUCCAAUGUUGUUGCCAACUAAUUCUCAUAUACCCAAAUAUGGUUUUCCCUCACUCUCACUUUUUCCCACUUCAAAUACCAACUUUUUAAAGAAUCCUUUCCCCUUAGCUCACAGAACCUAUAGUCAUGGUGAACCAAGAAUGGGUCUUUUCCAGAUUAUUUGCUCUGCCACCUCACAAAUUCUUAACAAGGGGUCAGAUGUUGUGGUGGAGGAGAAAAGUGUUUCUGUCAUUCUUCUUGCUGGAGGGAAGGGAAAAAGAAUGGGUGCAAGCAUGCCAAAGCAGUAUCUUCCACUUCUAGGCCAGCCAAUUGCAUUGUACAGUUUCUACACUUUUUCCAAGAUGCCUCAGGUGAAGGAGAUCAUUGUCGUAUGCGAUCCUUCUUAUCAAGACAUAUUUGAAGAUGCCAAAGAGAAUAUCCAAGUCGACUUGAAAUUUGCAUUGCCUGGGAAGGAAAGACAAGAUUCUGUAUACAGCGGACUUCAGGAAGUUGAUUCAAACUCCAAACUUGCAUGCAUCCAUGACUCUGCAAGACCUCUUGUACUAACUGAAGAUGUAGAAAAGGUCCUGAAGGAUGGUUGGCUGGUUGGAGCAGCAGUACUUGGGGUUCCGGCCAAAGCAACAAUCAAAGAGGCAAACAGUGAAUCAUUUGUAGUGAAAACUCUUGACAGGAAAACACUUUGGGAAAUGCAGACACCUCAGGUAAUCAAGCCUGAGUUGCUUAAGAAGGGUUUCGAAUUUGUCAACAGGGAAGGACUUGAAGUAACAGAUGAUGUAUCAAUAGUGGAGCACCUUAAACAUCCUGUAUAUAUUACUGAAGGCUCUUACACUAACAUAAAGGUUACAACACCCGACGAUUUGCUGCUUGCGGAAAGAAUAUUGAACAUUGAAGAAUCUUAGCUUUUCAAAAAAAAUUUAGGCCUUUUUUUUAAAAACAUUAUAUUUCCCUGGAAAUUUGUACUCUGACUUAGGUGAAGUUGGCCUUUCAGAGUUCUCAGAAAAUUUUGAGUCUAGUAAACUUUCUGGCAAAUAUUUCUCUGAGUUUGUUACUAAAUAACAAAUCAAUUUUCAUCA